AUCAGAGCUUUCACAGAAUCGACAUGGCACCGCUUGACCAAGCCCAGUGAUUGGAGCACGGAAUUUCGAGCUCCAUCGGUCGGUCAAGCCAGCUAGUCUGCCCUGACUACCGCGCCUGUUUCUGCCAUGGUGACGACUUGGAUUCAAUUUGACCAGAGAGGAGUAGAGUGAAGUGUAGUGAGAGACUGCGAGAGAGCCACCUAUAUAGAUGGCGCUCAAGCCACGGCCACGUCGCUCGUCUUCCCUCUGGUCCUCCUCCUCCACCACCUCCACGGCCAGCUCCGGCGGCCGGACCCCGGCCGGGCUGUGAUGCUGAUGGCUCUUUGACUAGCUCAAGCUAGCUUCUAGCGUGACAAACAAGGAGGAGCGGUGUGAACGAAGCGAAAAACCAGAAUGGGGGAAGCAGAGGAGGCCUACUCGUCGGGCUGCUCCUUCUCCCUCAUGUGCCAGGAGGACAGCGCCGACCUCGACGCCGUCUUUGCCGAUAACGUCGCCGACGGGAAGCUGGUCAUGCUGUACAGUGACGCCGAGGAGGGCGAGGAGGAGUACAUGGACCACCUCGUGUCCAAGGAGAGCAACUUCUGCUGCUCGCCUUCCUCCUCCUCCACCGCCUUCUCCGACGCCGGCGCGGAGUCGUCGCCGUCGUCGAUGGCCUCCGAAGAGUGGUUCCAGUGCGUGCGCCGCGCCACUGUCAAGUGGAUCUUUGAGACGCGGGCUUACUUUGGGUUCUACCACCGCACGGCGUACCUGGCGGUCGCUUACUUCGACCGCUUCUGCCUCCACCGAUGCAUCGACAGGUCGGUGAUGCCAUGGGCAGCGCGGAUGCUGGCGGUGGCGUGCGUGUCGCUGGCGGCAAAGAUGGAGGAGUACCGCGCGCCGGCGCUGUCGGAGUUCCGCGCCGACGACGAGUACGACUUCAGCUGCGUCUCCAUCCGUCGCAUGGAGCUGCUGGUGCUCUCCACGCUGGGGUGGCGCAUGGGCGACGUCACCCCCUUGGACUACCUCCCCUGCCUCUUCUCAAUGCUUCGCCGAGGCAACGGCCGCGGCAGCGGCCUUGUCGCGGGCAAGGCCGCCGCACUCAUCUUCUCCACCGCCGAAGUGGCGAGCGUGCUCUACCACCGGCCGUCAACGGUAGCUGCCGCCGCCGUCUUGGCGGCGACCCACGGCACACUGACGAAAGAGGCAUUGGAGUCCAAGAUGAGCGAUUUCUCACCAUCUUUCCUCGUCGAGAAGGAGGACGUCUACGCCUGCUACAGCUUGAUGCUGAGCGACAACUCGCCGCCGACGAACAAGACAGCAAAGAGGCCAUCGUCGCGUAACGACUCGAUCGGCGCCGCUAGUGCAUACGACUCCGUCGACGCCGUCUCCUUGGCGGAGGCGGCGAGCAGUAACAAGAGGACGAGGAUGGAGCUGCCUGGCAUCCGUCGAUGAGAAGCAACCGCCGGGACACGCAUGUUUUUGUCAGUUGUCCUAUGCUGGCCGGGCGUUGAUCGAUGCAGCUAAUUUUCUUCACCAGUUUUAGUUUUCCUUUUCGCUUGAUUUUUUUAGUUCUUUGAUCGAUGCACUGCCAAAUAGAUGGUGAUUGGCAGUGCCGCCAGAUUGGAGUUUGGUUUGGUCCCUCGUGAGGUUGAGAUCGAGAGGGAGGAUAAAAAAGACAAAAAAACAAAGAGUCAGGAAAGUGUGUGAACAUGAGCUUUUCCUAAGGAGAGGAGAGCUAAAGCCGAUCUCAAAUGUGUGCCCAUAAAGCAGCAGUAGCACAAGAGGGCGAGACUUUUGCAGCAGAGUUGCACGUUGCGAUCCACUUCCCGGUUUCGGAAGCGGCGGGAGCAGUAGGCCAUGACCUCUGAUGGAUCAAAAGCUUCCCUGUGCAUCCCUUCUCUGCCGCUAGUGGUUUUGUACAUGCCUGUGCGUGACAUCGUGAGGCUUUUCCAGAGUUGUACCGUGCACUUGCAUGUGAUCCCUCUUGUUCUUGCUGCUGCACUGG